AGUCCGCUGAGCAUUGUUUGAAUGCAAAGUACUUUGAAUGUAGGCGGCAAUAUAGGUCAAGCCAAAGUAGGGCGAGAAGCGAAGAUUCAUGAAGAUUGGAGUGCUGCAACAACAUUUUACUCUGCUUAUUGGGAAGCUUCUGUGAAAUGUGGUCUGAAGUCCUUUUUUCCUCCAUUGCUGGAAUAGCAGGAGGGCUGUUAUUUGUGCACUUCAAAUGGCCAUGGGUGUGGAAGGAUCUGUCUUACAUCAUACAGAUGAUCAAGAGUUUGAAGAAGUUUGAGUACUGCGUCAGAAACCAGAUGAUGAUUGCUGACGUUUUUGAUGACCAGGCUGCUAAAUUUCCCAACAAACCAAUGAUUGUGUUUGAGGGCAAAGAGUACACGUGGUCCUACGUGAAUGAACAAUCCAACAAAGUAGCCAGACUGGCCGAGGAAGAAUGGGGCUUGAAGUGUGGUGACACUGUGGCCAUCAUGAUCUACAACGAGCCUGAAUUUAUUUGGACUUUUAUAGGAUUACUGAAGAUUGGUGUUGGCGUUGCCCUCCUUAAUCACAACCUGAGAGCAAAGUCACUGGUGAUGUGUUUCACAAGAAGCGAGGCUAAGAUUCUUGUUAUUGGUAAAGGUGAUGAACUUCUGAAGGCUGCUCAGGAUGUGCUGCCAGACUUGAAGAACAAUGGAGUUUCCAUCUUUGUACAGGGGCAAACACAAGAGACAUUACAAGAUGGGUUUAAGUCGUUUGAUGAUUUAAUGUCCAGGACUUCAAAUGCUGCCAUUCCAAAGAGCAGGAGAAGUGGCUUAAAGUGGAAUAGUCCAGUGUGUUAUAUUUAUACCUCGGGAACAACAGGUCUCCCAAAACCAGCAGUGCUUGGACAGUACAGGUUCUUGAGGGGUUCAUUCAUUUUGCCUGUUGCUGGAUUCAGUCAUGAUGACAGAGUGUACACUGCACUUCCCCUCUAUCACAGCUCUGCAUGCAUUAUAGGUCUAGGUGGAGUGAUCACUGAAGGAGCCACAAUGUUACUCAAAAAGAAGUUUUCAGCUUCUCACUUUUGGGAAGAUUGUAGAGAACAGCAUGCAACCUACUUCUUGUACAUUGGAGAAAUAUGUCGUUAUCUCUUAUCCAGACCAAGGCAUCCAGAUGAUGCUAAACAUUCCAUCCGCUGUGCAGUGGGAAAUGGACUGAGGGCAGAUAUCUGGAAGGAAUUUCAAGAGAGGUUUCAAAUUCCAAAAAUUAAUGAAUUCUAUGCAUGCACUGAGGGGAACGUGGGAUUCUUCAACUUGUUCAAUAAAGUUGGGGCUGUUGGAAGAUUGUCACCAAUUCUGCAUGUGUUCCAGAAAGCAUAUUUGGUCAAAUUUGACAUUGAAAAGGAAGAGGUGAUUAGAGAUGAGAAUGGUCUCUGCAUUCCAGUAGGUCCAGAUGCCCCAGGACUGUUGAUUGGUGAAAUCAGUAAAAGACAGAUAUUUGAAGGCUACAAGGGAAAAGAAGAGCAAACAAAGAAGAAAAUCCUGCAUGAUGUUUUUAAGAAGGGUGAUGCAUACUUCAACAGUGGUGAUCUGCUUUACUAUGAUCCAGAGUAUUAUCUCUACUUCAGUGACAGAGUUGGGGACACCUUUAGAUGGAAGGGUGAGAAUGUCUCCACAACAGAAGUGAGUAAUGUCCUGGCUGAUGUGGAGGGAAUAGAAGAUGCUUGUACAUAUGGAGUGCCAGUCCCAGGUCAUGAUGGUCAGGCUGGCAUGUCAGUCAUAACUCUGCAGGGCACAGGCCGGGUCUCAUCUGGUCUUCUCAAGGUGUUGUACACUCACUGCACAGAACUGCUGCCAUCUUAUGCCAGGCCCCUCUUUCUACGCAUCCAGCCAGAGUUGGUGCUCACAUCUACCUUCAAACAAGUUAAAGGAGAGUUCAAGAAACAAGGCUUUGAUCCUGAUGCUGUGCCUCACCCUCUCUAUUUUUUGGAUGCCACCAAGAAGACCUAUGUGCCUUUGACAGGGGAGCUGUACAGGGACAUCAUUAGUGACAAGAUUAGAAUAUGAAUUGCUUAUUACGACCCUCUGAUUGAGUGAUUGGUUGAUUGAUUAAAUAUGCAGAAUAUUUUUACUUUUUGUUCAGGGUUUUUUCAGGAAUACCAGUGGAUGUUUUAGAUUUUUUUCUAAGAUCUGUUUUUAUUUUUGAUAUUGAAAUCUAAGUAGUAUAUUUGAAAUUGUAUAUCUCAGUAGUAUAACUCAAAUUAUAGAUUUAUACAACAUUUGUAAUUAUAUCCCUACAAAUGUUUGCACAACCCAUUAAUUAUCAGUAUAUCUUCAUUCACUGAGACUUUUCCGACUUUAGUCAGCAUUAAGACUUUUUCAGGGUUAUGUGGAUCAUUAUUGUGAAUUAUGUAAAUCUGGUGAAUUGUGUAAAUCUUACAUUUUUAGUGAGGACUGGUCACAUGCCAGUUCAUUCCAUUUCCCUAUAUCGGAGCAUGUACUUAAGAAAAUAGUGUAUCAUCAGCAUUACUCCAUUGAGCACUAUUCAGGUUGUUUUAUUUUUCAAGUUAUUACAUGUGCAGGAAGUUUAACAAGAUGGAAAAUAUUCAAUAUUUUUAGUAAUGAUGCUUGCUGUAUAAUACAGCAGCCUGGAAAUCAGGAAUGCCCUCAUAAUUUCCAUUACAAGGGGCUCUAUUGUAAACUGACAAGUAAGUUGAAUGUAGGCACAUCAUAUCUAUGGAAGUUACUCCCAUGUGAUCAAUGUACUCCUUUUACAAGGUCUAUUUUAUAACCAUAAUUUUAGGUUGCCAUUUUUCCUGUUUUCAUUCAAUCUAGACUUAAUAAUUUUGUAUAUGAACUAAUAGACCAUGGUCUCAAGUUAAAUAAACUCUACAAAAUAAUCUACUGGAAGGCAAACUGGUGUGCAAAUAUUUUUACUUCUAAUAUUCAAAUAGUUUUUUUUUAGUUAAAACUCAAUUUUACUCAUGCACUAAUGUAUGUAUAUACAUGACUAUCAGAUCAGUGGGCAGUGAGGUUUAGGAGGCCCAAAAGAAUUGCCUUUUUGGUCAGAAAAGGUCCCACCUAACUCAAAAUUUGAUCUACAUUUCUAUACUUUUUGUCAUAUUGGGCCAUCAAAGAGGGGGGUAAAAAGAUCAACUUUUCGGAAAAAACUUUUGAAAUUACUGUCAACAGGUCUGACUCUUUGCAGUAGCAGUUGAGACAAAAUGCCUGGUACAUUGAAAUAUAAUACACACU